AUGUCUGAAACUAUUGACCUUAUUGAACCAGUAUCUCAACUUGGAAAACGAAGAACAGACACAAUAAAAAAGGAUAUUUUAGAAUGUUAUAAAGAAGAGAAAGAAAGAAGAAAAGAUUUAUUUCAA